GACAGAUCCACUAUCUACCGUGCGGGCCUACCCUAAUGGUGAGCAGGCGAGAGGGCCAUAUUCUUCUCAGAGAUGACAACUCCAUUAGUCGCCAGCAUGCUUCCAUCACUGUGACGCAUUCUAUGUCGGACUUGAAAAAUAUCACAGCACUCCCAAAGGUGAAACUUAAUGACCUAGGGUCUAAGUAUGGGACCUUUAUCAACGAGGGUAUCGAAAAAAGCCGCAAACUAGCAGAUAAAAGCACAACAGAGCUGAAGGAUGGUGACAGAAUAAGGUUUGGGAUGCUCACGAACAUAUGGCGGCUGGGCUACAAGCCGCUGGUGGUUACAGCAUCCACCUUGAAACCAGAGCACAAGAAGACCCUGGCAGAUGACUUGUUGAAGCUUGGGGGUCACUUGGUCAGUGAGUGGAACUCGGCGUGUUCGUACCUUGUUAUGAACAACAUCACACUCACAGUCAAGGUUGUGUGCGCCCUGGCAGGAGCCCGGCCCAUAGUAACCCCAGAGUUUUUCACCAAGUGGGCAGAAGCUGUAGUGAAGAAGGAGCCUCUCCCCAAUGCCAGUGACUUCUUGCCCCCAUUACAGGAAUUGAGCCUAGACAAAUCUAAAGUCGACUUUUCCCCGCUGGAGGCAAGGAAAAGUGUGCUGCAGGGUCGGACACUUCUGUUUUCCUCAGCCAAGCAGAUCAGUCGGAUGGGCCCGGCAGUUGAGCUGGCAGGAGGCAAAGCUGAGGACCUGACAGCGGAAAACUUUUCACAUAUAACCAGGGACAAUUACCUUGUGAUCCAGCAACCCCCUGACAAGAACCAGAUGUCACAGAGUAACAGCCUUCUCACUCAAGCAAGAAAGACGCUUAAAGAGAAGGGUCUGCGUGUGAUACCAGAGUCGGAUAUUGGUCUGGCAAUUCUCUACAUGAACACAGAGGGCCACUGCAAUCCAGCCUUUAAGGUUAAUAACAUCCUGCGACAGCAUGGAUCCACAUCGCAGAUGACAGAGGGACUCCAAAUAUAUGCCACAGAAACCCAAAACUCUGAGAUGUCCUUGUCGUUGACUGGAACCCGAGUCAUUCCUGAGACAGGCGAGUCAUCAAAGAAAACCCCCAGUUCUUCUACCCGAGGAGCAGGAGGAGCUGCCCCUCCUUCUUUCCCCCCCUCGGCAAAUAGCACCUCCAUGGCCUCACCCAAAGACAUGGACGUCACUCAUAACAACACGGAGAACAAGGAGAACCUGGCUAAUAAUCAGAGGAAGAGGCCCAGAACAGGCAGUGUGGAUGCUGUGUCUCCACCCACCAAGCUUCCGAAUAGGUCACAGGUCGCAAACGUGCAGCCGCCUUCCGAGCCACCUGAACCAACACAGCCAAUGGAAGAACAGGAAGACAGUCAGGAAUCUGAAAUGGCCUUGUCGAGGUUUGAUCCCAAGCACCAUAGCACGCAAAGAGAAACCCCUACCUCAACAGUUGCAGCACCCAGCACCGUGCAGAAGAUGGAGAGUCGAGCAGGAAAUAGCACAGUGCCUGCUAGUUCAGCGCAGUCAGUUGAACCUACAGCUGAGCGAUCAAUCCCAUUUGAGCCAUACACGCUUCCCAGCCUAAAAACAGAAGCCCUCAACCAGGAGGAAGUGCACACUCAGCCUUUCCACCCCAUUAAAGAGGAGCCUGCAAGUUGCCCUGUUGAGGAGGAGAAUGACAUCAUUCUGGAUGAGACAGAUUACCGAAGGGAAAAGAGGCCAGUCGAUGAAAUUGAUUUAACCGAUGAAAAUGAAACACAUGUCUGGCAAAGUGCAAAGCGAACAAAAGUAGCAGAGCCCAUUGGCAAAAGGCCAGUAAAGAGAGAAAGAAGCCCACCGGACACAAGCGAACCUCAAACACGGAAGGCCAUGAAGCAGGAGCCAGAGCCUGAUGAAGAUCUCUUCGCACUCCCAGGUGGAAGUGCAAGAAUCAGGCGCAGAGCUGAUACAACGAAGGCCCCAACAGGAAGCCAGGUCACAGCCGUCAGCAAGAUUGAGAGCACAGAUGCUGAUGAGGACCCGUUCGCACUACCCACUUCGUCCAGGGCUCAGCGGAGGAGACAGCAGCAGGAGGUGGUGUUGAAAGUUGAGGAGAGGCAGCUGGAGUCGUCUGCACCUGCCGAACAUGCACAGACUAAUGGCAUUCCUUCUAACUCACUGAAGAGCACCACGUCUGUGAUAACAAGCAGCCAGGGAAAUUUUCUCUCUAAGACUAAUAGCAAUGUGAAACAGGAACCAGGCCAAGGUCCAUCUAACUCUGUAGCGGACCUGUCUGCAGAGGUUGAGAGGUCAUUGCUCAUCGUUGAAGUGACGAGCCUAGUCAAGCGAAACGCCUUUAACAACACAACCAAUCUCCAGAACACUACAGUAUCUGGAAUGCCAAAUUUCAAACGGUUUAAAAAGAGUGUCAGCGAGGUUAUGGUCUUGCCGAGAAUCAUCGGCGGACGAGACCUUGUUCCACACGACCAGCCCGAGAACAGUCAUCGUGAGGAGUGGCUGAGACAGCAGGAAGAGACUGUACGUAGGCAUGAAGACCGAAAUGUAAUAAAUGAGGAGGAUGAGGAACUCUUUGCCCUCCCUACUAACCCAUGGAGCCGGAUUAGAACGAGGAGAUAGGCAGUGACUGAGGAGGCUUUAGGGUUUAAGCAACAGGGAAUUACAGUAAAUUCUGUUUUUGUUUUGUCUUUUUCCUCCCUUAUAAAAAUGUUGUAUGUUUUUUUUUCUUAUUAGGUCUUACAGAUUAUUUUCUUUUUUCUUUCACUGUUUUUUCUUUUGUUUUACCCUUCCUUCCCUCGGAAAAGAAUUUACCCAUCGUUUCCCAACUGGCCAGUGAUGAAGUUCUGUCUUGUUGAAAGUAUUUACAAGAAUUUAUAGUUGCUAACAUCCCAGAUAAUGAGAAAGCACAAAGGAAGAUUAUUCAUAUACACCAUAGCUGCUAUAAAAUUUUCUUACAUGUGCGGGGGAAAAAGGGGAAGAAAAAAAUAAAAUUUUUUGUUUAUAUCAUAAUGCAUAACUUUCAUUCAGAAAUUUCAGCUUAGUUUCAUCAUGAGUAGUUGUUUUUACAUUCUUUAUGUUUCUUCAGCUGAAAAACCCAAAUUUCUUUCCAUCAUCAUUUUCAUACACAUAUAUAUUUAGUUUCUUUUUUUCUUUUGCUCUUUGUUUUUCACUCUCCUUUCUCUUCUCAUCAAGAUUGUUAUUCUUGCUAUUUUCACGGAAUGGUAGAAAUUGCUGAAUUCCUUCAUGCAUUUAGUUCAUCAACUUGUGCUGUAUCAAAUUCAGAUGUUUUUGUUAUAUAUUUACAAAGAGUAUAGCUUUUUUGUAUGAUUUAGUGAACCUGAAUGUUGCUCUGCCUUGUUCCAUUACUGAAAGGUGAUAUAUAAUUUUUGUUUACUCAUUAUCAAUUUAUCAGAUUUUAUAUUAGGUGUUCCAUAUUGCAUAUGGUGUUAAGCAAAAAUUUUAUGUAAUUAAAAGCUGUAAUACAUUACAAUAUGUAUCACUGUAAUGUCUAUGGAAUAUUAUCAGAAUAAACAGUGUCGUAAUA